AUGACUUCGGCGGAGGCGACAGGCAAUGCCACCGAUGGGCGUCGCCCGCCGUCGCCAAUCCCUCUGAGCGAGGGCGGUGCCCGAGGCUCAUCAACGCCUCACAGUGAAUCGGACGACGAUGCCGUGGCCAAUGUUGCGACUGCAGAGCCUGUCCCUCCUAAUGGGGGGUAUGCGUGGGUUUGCACAUUUGCCGUGUUUCUCAUCAACGCUCAUACCUGGGGUAUAAACGCCUCGUGGGCCGUCAUCAUGGCUCAGUACUCGACCAACGAGGAGGCCAUUCAGGCCUCGCAUCUCGAAUUCGGGCUCGUGGGCGGCCUCUCCAUCUCCCAGGCCCUCCUCAUCUCGCCCAUUGUCACCGUCGUCCGGAAACGCAUCGGCGCCCGAUGGACCAUUCUCAUCGGCACCAUGCUGAUAUUCCUGUCCCUCCUUACGUCCUCCUUCGCCUCCAGCAUCUGGCACCUGGUUCUCGCCCAAGGCUUCUGUUUCGGCUGGGGCAUGGGCUUCGCCUACAUCACCGCCUCUGCGCUUCUGCCUCCCUGGUUUUCCUCCCGCCGAAGCCUGGCCGUUGGCUUCGCGACGGCAGGCUCCGGUAUUGGUGGUCUACUGUACAGCAUCGUGACCGACCGCAUCAUCCACGCCUGGGGUCUGGCCUGGGCGUACCGUGUGCUUGCCGUUGCUGCGCUGUCCGCCAACCUCCUGGCUGCGUUCCUGCUGCGGGACCUCAACACCAGGCCGCGUGCUGCGGUGACGGGCGAGAUCCGCUCAAGCAGCUUCAACCCGCGCGACUUUGGGCGAGUCGAGGUCCUCCUCAUUGUUGUCUGGGGGUUCGCCACGGAGCUGGGGUACAUCAUCCUCCUGUACUCGCUGCCCAUCUACGCCGCAUCCAUCGGUCUCACGCCGGCCCAGGGCUCGGUAGCAAACGCCCUGCUCAAUCUCGGCCUCGCCAUCGGCCGGCCGCCUCUGGGCUACCUCAGCGAUGUCUUUGGCCGCAUCAGCGUGGCCGGGGCGACGACCAUGCUCUGCGCCAUCUUUUGCUUCGCCCUGUGGAUCCCGGCGCAGUCGUUUGCGCCUCUUUUGCUCUUUGCUCUUGUUUCCGGUACGCUCUGCGGCACCUUUUGGUGCACAAUCACGCCCGUCCUGGCCGAGGUUGUGGGCAUUGCAAAGUUUGCCAACACUUUUGGCGUUAUCUGCAUCGGGCUAGUUCUGCCCACGACGUUUGCGGAACCCAUCGCCAUAAAACUUGUGGAAGGGGAUCCCAACAGCAAUAGGGCCUUUAUCCACGCGCAGCUGUUUGCGGGAUUCAUGUUCCUUAUCGGGUCGGUGUGUCUGUGGCUAUUGAGGUGUUGGAAGAUCUUUACCGAUGUCGAGAUGCGAGGCGAGUCGAUGACUACCCUUGAGAGACAGCAUCGAUACUGGGUUUCCUGGAUCACGCCUCAAAUGAUAUUUAGCACGCAGCGGGUGUAG